UGGCUGAGCACCAAUGGAAUGGGAGGUCUGGGAAGCAACUGAUGACAAGCCUUGCUUGAAGUUGAUUGUUGACCUUCCAUAAGAUCAAACACCAGCUUCAGUUUAGUUGGGUUGUCACUUAUGGAACCCCCUUUCUCUUUCUGGCAUUUCUUAUACACUUCUGCUUCUACCCACUCCUCUUCUCAAACCCAUCAUCACCAGUCAGGAAAAUGGUUCACUGUUGCUUCUUCUUUGCAUCCUGAUCUAUACAAAUGGGUUCAGGAGACUGUUUUAGGUCUAUUAUUAGCCUGAGGAAAAACAAAGAAGAUAGGUCCAAAAGAGUGAAGGUACACUCAGCUAAUGAAAAAACAAAUGAGUCUGAGGGAAGUUCCAACGCUCAUAUAGAGUCGAGUAGUCCUGCUCCUGCCAAUUGGAGGUCACAGGGAAGUAAUGGUGUUCCUGGAAUAUCAGCUGAACACAAAGCCGCUAUUCGGAUUCAAACUGCCUUUCGAGCUUAUAUGGCAAAAAAAACAAUGCGCCGUCUGAAAGGAGCAGUGAGAUUUAAUGUAUUGAUUCAUUGCAAUGAUACUCAAAAGCAAGCUUCAAGCGCAUUGAGCUAUAUACACUCAUGGAACAAUAUACAAGCUCAGAUUAGAGCUCGCAGGCACCAUAUGGUCACGGAAGGCCGGAUUAAGCAAAAGAAAUUAGAAAAUCAGCUAAAACUUGAGGCCAAGCUCCAUGAGCUGGAGGUAGAAUGGUGUGGAGGCUCUGACACCAUGGAAGAAAUCCUCUCCAGGAUCCAACAUAGAGAAGAAGCAGCAGUUAAGCGUGAGCGAGCAAUGGCAUAUGCCUUCUCUCAUCAGUGGAGAGCCAAUCCUAGCCAGUAUCUCGGCCAGGCAUAUUACAGCAUUGGCAAGGAAAAUUGGGGUUGGAGCUGGAAGGAGCGUUGGAUCGCUGCUCGCCCAUGGGAGAUUCGGAUUCAUGCUCAGCCUACUAACCCAAAGAAAGUCCAGAGUGUGGAAGUGAGCAAAUCAGAGAUGAAAAUAACACUCGCAACCAAGCCUGCUUUGUCAAAUGGGAAGGUGAGCACCAAAGCUAAAAAACUGUCCAACACAAUUGUUGAUAAUCAAGCUGCACAAGAAGCCAAUAGUACAGUUGUUAGCUCAUCUCGUUCAUUGAUUCCAAGUUGAAAGAUUAUAGCUUAGCAAAUUUCUAUGAUUCAUAAGACUGUUUUAUCUUGUGUUGUUCUGGUUUUGUCCAUUUGAUGUCGGUGUGAAUUUUGCUUGCUGUGUGUAAAAUAAGGCAACAGACCCUUGAACAUGUGCUUUGAUUUGGCUAUAUCUACCAAAAAAAAAAAAAAGAUUUGGCUGUCA